AAGCGUAAACACUGAUAAGCAUUAUAUGCAUAUACAGCAGCAGAUCAUCUUCUUUUUAUGCAAGAAAGAGAUAUUUUAGCAUAACCAGGGCUGGGUGGUGUUUUGAUGUGGGAAUGGAGAGUUAUGAGGACUUCAUCCGGACCCGGCGGGACCAGCUGCAGCAGAGGAGCCGGGAACCGAUGGCCGCAUCGCCCUGGCGCCGCGGCCGCUCCGCCAUCAGCUUCCAUGGGGUACCGAUCCUCCCGCCUCUGCUCACCGCGGAGCGCAUACAGGAGAUGCAGGGGCACAGACAGGAGGCUUCGAGGCGGAUGAACCGAAGAGAGAAACCGGCCCCGGAUCAGAGAAUGUCUCGGCUUCAGGCGCUUCUGGACAGCGUUCAGCUGAGGAGAGCACCAACACUGCAGGAGUUCAUUGGGGGUGACCGUGCUGCAGCGGAAUGGCAGGGGGGUGAGGCUGGGGGAGAGAGCUGUGGGGGGGGCGGGGAGAGCCCCUGGGAGCCGGAUCUUCCCCUCUGUGAUCCGCUCACGGCGCUUCACUGCGGGCGUGGUGCUGACCCGUUCCCCCUGCUGACCUCCACGGCCCGUGCUCCGCUGGACUGCCACGCCUCCGAUCACCAUGCCGACGGGGCGUGGGCGGAGUCUCCUGGCAGGGCUGUCAGCGCCCCGGAGUUCUGCCCGGCUGCGGAUGCGCACACCAACACCAGUCACCAGUCUGCGUCAUCAGGGUACGCCACCCACGACAACACAGAGCUCACCUGCCACACCAGCAGAGCGUUGGAUAAAGACCUGUCGGCGGAGGGUGACGGCCAGACAGCCCCCGAGGGCUUCUUCCUGCAUCACGCUGCCCAUGUGACCAGGGUUGAUGACAUCAUCAGCAAAGCUCCUCCCGUGGUGGAUUCGGCGUCGCAGGCCGAUCCGGGGGAGAGGGCAGCGGUGUCUGGCUGCUUUGUUCCAGGUGUUUCAGAACCAGGACUCCCGGACCCGGAACCGCCAGAGGGGCCCUAUCGCAUGAGCCUCCAGAACCUGCUGAAGAAGUCGCAGGAGUACCGGCAGCGGCAGAGGCAGGUCCGCAGUGCCAGGGCCCGGGCUCGCGAGAAGAGGGAGGCCCAGAACCUCUCCGACAAGGAGAACCAGCUGCUCCCUCACACAGGGGCCGGGGAGGUCAGGGCCGCCCGGGAGAGGAGGCCCGGUCAGGGGAAGAGCCUGCUCUGCACGUCAGAGAGCUUCCGCUUGGACAGACCCAGGGCUGAGGGUGUAGAGCCCCAGGAAACACUGAGCUCCCCCAAAGAGAAGAGGCGGGAGACCCGCAUGCCCGAGGCUGUCUCCUUCCCCCGCGAGGUGCCGGGUGCAGGCAGCUCUGACGGCCUCACUGGCAGCUCAGCGCAGGCCAAGCUAACAGAUUCCCCGGCAGAGCCCCCAUGGGCUGCAGGCCCUGCGGCGGGCAGGUUUGGAGCCGUCCCCAGCCCCCAGUUCUGCACCAGCCCGGUUCGCUGUGUGAAACGAGACGGCCUCUCCAGGAAGCUGGUGGUGAACAUGCCCCUGAGCGUGGGCAGUGACACCGGGGGGCGCCAGAGUGCUGGCAGCGAGAGCGCCCCCUUGGGCCGGGAGGCCGAAGCACAGGCCGAGCGCAGUGGGGAGCAGGCGCUGCACCUGGAUCACCUGGAGAUGAACCUGUGCAGCCUGAAGGCCCUGAUCUGUGACCUGGAGAGCACCCUGACAGAGACGCACGGGGAUGGCGUUGCCUCUGAGGGCGUGUCUGAGGCCGCUCGGCCCUGCAGGAGGAAAGCCUCGGUCUCGCAGAGGGCCGUGCGGGGUGCCGGGGGGCCCCAUGCCCUGUCCCUCGCCCAACGGCAGCGGGUGCCUGGCGUGUUCAGGGCCGUGGGGUCAGCAGGGUCACGCCAGGGGCCCGUUCUGUGUGACACCAGCAACCAGCCCGCGGAGAGAGACCCCGCCCACAGCCUCUCUCUGAACCUGUCAUACGAUGUGCACACGCCCUCCACACUGUGGCCCCAGGGCUCCGCCUCGCAGGGGAAACCCCUGACCCCCGAGGUCGAAGGUCAAGGACAGGACUCCCGAGCCAAACGCAGGCUGCUCAUGAACACGGUGGAGAAACGGGGCCAGAGGGGCCGAGCAGCGCCGGGCACCGGGGCGGGGGCACCGCCUCUCUCCAGCACCCCUAAAGCGCAGACGGUUGUCCCGGAGGAGCUGCAGCUGGAGCAGAUGCAGACGCAGACAGGGCAGAUCCAGGCCGUGAUGCAGGAUCAGCAGCUGCAGCUGGAGCAGACGCAGACAGGGCAGAUCCAGGCCGUGAUGCAGAAUCAGCAGCUGCAGAUGGAGCAGUUACUGCAGCAGGUGUCCUUCCUGCCUCCCCUGUCCAGCUCCCGCCUGAAGGACGCUGCGACCUCGCUUUCCCCGGGGGGGUCACCCGCCCCCCCAGGCCCCGCCCUAUCUCGGCCCUGGACCCCUGUACCCGCCUGGCGCCCCCUGGUGGCAGCAGCAGUGAGAGGCUACCUCACACGCCGACUCCUCCGCACAGAGCGUGUGACGCAGCUCCUGCGGACAGUAAAGGACUCUCGGCAGUUGCUGCAGUCUCUGCAGACUCAGACUCCAGGCAGGGGGGAGGGGGGCAGCCGGCAGGACCUUCUGCUGCAGGAGAGAGUCUUACUGCAGCUCCGUUCGGCUCGUUAUGAACUCCACGACGUUGUCUUCUGCUCGGCGGCCGAGAGGAUGCAGCUGAUCCGCUGGGACCGCGAGCUGCUCAGGGAGAAGGAGCUGAAACGUAAGGAGAACGGACUGGCACAAGGCCGGGGGAGAGGAGCUCUGUCUGCUGCCACGAAGAAGUCCCUGGAGAGGAAGAGGAGUGUGAUGAUCCAGAAGAGGGCAGCAGAGAGGCAGCGGUCGCUGGUGGGCGGAGUCUGUGGGACACAGUUCUGUCAGCGCUCUGACAGAGAGUGCAGGUCCGUCGUACUCAGCAGGCCUUGACAAGCUCCGUCCCAACCCCCCAACCAAACGAGCAGCACAGUCCACACACGCUAUGGGAUGCCUAGAGAAACGGCCCUGAUGGAUCAGCACCCCCUGCAGCGUCUGCAGUUGGCGGGGCCUGAGCACGCCGCUGGGACGCUGUGAUUGGCUGUGAUAGUGCCUGGAUGCUUUGUAUUUCCCACAGUGCCAUUCUGUCCCUCCCUCUGAAGGGAGAUCGUGCCUCAGCUCCCACGCAGCGGCCACUGAGCCAAUUCAGGGCUAAAGACCCACCUGUCAAUCAGCUGCACCACUCUGCCUCUUUACACAAAGGCUCUAGGGGCUUUUCAGAAGUGAUAUCAAACUCCUGAGUAAGCUUAAACUUAUGCAUCCUUAACGUCCUGCAUAGUAUCCUAAAGGUGAUCUGAAGACCAAGUGUCACAUUGUUACACCAAAGCUCUUACACAC